AUGGACACCGUCACGCUCUCGCUGACGGUUGUCGGCUUGAUACCAGUGGUUGCCGACACAAUCCAGCGGGUGCAAACAUUUUAUGCGGACGCGAGGAACGCCAAGGCCCUUAUCCAGCAAUUGAUGGAAGAGCUAGAGGCCUUGCGGGGCAGUCUGAUCUCACUGCAGCAACUCCUUGAUAGCCCUGUGAUCAAGGCAAAGGUCAUCAAAUUUGACCAAUCCUCGGUCCUUGUUUCAUGCUCCAAGGCUUGUAAAGUCAAAUUGCAGUCUUUGAGCGAGACCCUGGAAAUGUACGCGGAAAGCAAAACAAAACAGCUGGCAUGGCCUCUGGCCCAGACAAAGUGCCACGAGUCACUUGAGACGCUUCGCCGUCUUGCCUUUUGGAUACAGCUUGGUUUAUCAAUCGAAGGCUGUCGCUUGUUGUCUCUAAGCUCAGUCGAUCUUCCAAAAGCAUUCGAACAACGCCUUUACGAGUUCAGAUCAAUCCAAGGUGAUAUCCAGAGCCUGAAGACAACUGUCAAUAGUCAAGUCAAGGUCAUUGAGGAUUCUCGUCGGGAACAAGAGCGGCGCGAAGUGUUGGAUUGGAUUUCCGACUUCGAUCACGAAAGACGACACUUGGAGGCCAAGCACCCGCGUAUAAAUGACACUGGUAAUUGGAUCACUGAGAAUGCCUCUUUCGAAAAUUGGCGGGAUGACGCAUCAUCGACGAACCUGCUUUGGUGUCAUGGGCUGCCUGGGUCAGGCAAAACGGUCUUGGCGUCAGUGGUAGUCGAUCAUCUGAGGUUGUUACCAACGUCGGAGGUAGCUGUGUCACACUUCUACCUGAAGUACUCUGAUGAGAGAUCACAGAUCCUGUCCACCCUUCUGGCGUCGCUUCUGAAACAGGCGCUUUCUGAACUUGCGGAAAUACCCAAGGUCGUCAUUGAAGCGUUCAGAAGCAGCAGAAGUGGUAGCCGCACGAUAGGCACAGCCGAUGCCUUGCGGAUGCUGCUCGAUGUGUCAACUCCCCGAAGGCCGCUUUACGUUGUGUUGGAUGCAUUGGAUGAGUGCGACCAAGUUCAGCGCCGGAGGCUGUUACUCGCCAUAGACGAGUUGGCCGCAUGCAAUUCAAUCAAGAUCCUUGUAACCAGCCGUUCGCACAUACCGGAUAUCGAGGCUUCAUGGGGAAAUAAUCCCCAGAUUCCAAUUCAGGCGCACGACGGCGACCUCGCGAUGUAUAUCCAACACACAAUUAGCGAAGAGGAUCAAUACGGUAUUAUUGACGAGAGCUUUUCGAAUCAUAUCAUAAAGCAGAUGAUAGCCAGGUCAAAUGGAACGUUUCUUCCGGUAGUCCUGCAAUUGGGAACGGUCCUUGGAAAGACAACCAGAGGCCACAUGGAAGAUGCUCUGUGCUCAGUCUCAGACGAUCUGGCAAUCGUAUUCGAAGAGACAAUGGCUCGAAUAGAUCGCCUUCCCGAAGAUCAAAGCAUCCUCGCAAAGCGGGUUCUGGGCUGGCUUGUCCAUGCUAAAGCCGGCCUAACAUCUGAGGAGUUAGGAGACGCGCUUUCAGCAUCAGAAUCGGUUAAAAUGGGAUACACUUCCUGGAGCACUAGAUACAGGCCUCCGUCCAAAAUGAUGGGUAACUGCUGCCAGGGCAUGGUCAUAGUUGAGCCGGUCACAAAUCGUCUCAGUUUUGCGCACUACACAUUCCAGGAAUACUUGGAGAGGCACGCCGACGAACUGUCUCCCGGAGUCAAAGAAGACAUUUCGUCAACCUGCUUACUGUAUCUUCUGUACGAGGACUAUGGUUCGGGUCCAUGCAGCCGCAAGGAAGACGUUUACGAGCGAGUCACCCGGUAUCCCUUUGUGCGUUACGCAGCACGAUACUGGGGAAAGCAUGUCGCACUCACCGAACAGCAUCCUUUGGUUAGUGAGCUACUAUCGAAGUUUUUGCAGCAAAGAGCAUCUACUGCUGCUGCUUGUCAAGUAAUGCAAUACGAUCGAGGAUUCAAGGACCAAUACUGGGAUCUGAAUGAGUGUCUCAGUGUCACACCAUUGCACAUCGCCAGUAGAUACGGGCUGAGAGAGACACUUCAGAAGCUUCUCAAAACCGGUCACAUCAAGGACAUCAAUCUUCGCACGGCCAAGGUCAAGUCAACACCAGUAAUUCUUGCAGCCUCCGAGGCUGACCCGGAGACUCUUGGCCUUUUGCUGGCGAGUGGUGCAGACCCGACUAUUCAUAAUUGGUACGGUGAUGCACUACAUUGCGCCUGCGAGGCGGGAGAGUCGCAGAACGUGCGGCAAUUGGUCAGAUUCGGCAUGGUACCCAACACCUACUCGUCAGGGCAACGGCCUCCCGUCAUGUGCACUCUGGAUCGCGACAGUGUCGAUACUUUUCGAACUCUUGUAGAGCUGGCUGGGGAACCACUGACAGGCGACCCGAGCUUCAGCUCAACAUCAGACCCUGAUCUUCUACCACUUCUGGUCGUACACGCUGUCGAAAGUAGUGCAUAUGCCAUUGUGAAGUGGCUAUUGGAGAACAAGCAGCACUAUCACCGUGUUGAAUGGCUCAUGCGGCCCGAUUAUUACAACUAUUCGUCUGAAACAGAGUACCAGUUCGAAUUGAACGCGCUAUCUUUGGAUCGCCCCGCCUUGCAUCAGGCGAUUCUGCAGGGUGAUGUUGAAAUGGUUCGUCUCCUGUUGUCUUAUGGCGCAAGCCCGUGUGCGAAAGAUUUGAACGGCAAAACAGCACUCAGCUACGCAGUCGAGUCUGGCAUCGGCGCUUUCGCCAACAUACUAAGCCCAGACCUGCCUAGUAGUGACUGCAACGGAAACCUGCCGCGCCCAACGCCGACAUGGACAAGCGUCAGGGACUCGUAA